GACCCAUAAACAAGAGAUUGAGAAUCACUGGAUAUCAGCAAACACCAGCAAGCUCUUGUAAAGAUGACGACUUUAUGUCGAUUUGUGAAACAAUUCAGAAAAUGUUCAAUUUUAUCAGAAUCUAAUAGAAGUAUAUCGCUGUCUGCGACAACGCGUUUAAAAGAAAUAAUUGAAAAGAAGGAAGGUGACACUCUAAUCAUCGAAGCGAUAAAAGUGCCACAGCAAAAGGAAAAUCUAUUAAUAAACUUGAAAUCCAAUGCGUGUUCACUUUGUGCUUUAGGACUGGAUGUUAAACAUACUGAUGUCCUUAUUCUAAGUCAGUUUGUAAGAUCAAAUGGCACUAUGCUACCACGCAGAAUAACUGGUCUAUGCACGGUGCAACAAAAAAGAGUUUCCACUUUAGUAACAAUGGCUCAUAAAGCAGGUUUGAUGCCAAAUUUAGCUCCAAAAAAUGACAGAUACAAUCCCAAUCGUAGAUACAAUUGGGAAAAGUUUAACACAUACUAUGAUGAAAAUACUAUUCGAUAUAAAUACAAGAAUUAGAGAAUGUAGAACAAAAUUGUGUUUAUUUACAUCACAAAUUGGGAACUGAGAAAGAUGGCGCAGGUGUGU